GUCUUGUUUCUUGGGGACAGUUAAUGACGCCGUACUUCAAGCGCCACAGUUUGAACUUUCCUCACAACACAGUAUCGGACGGAAUUGUUAAAAUAUUAACUUAAUUACAGACACAAUCAACUCAAAAUGAAAUUCCGAGCGAAGAUGGUAGACGUAGGCUGCCUUAAUCACUUUACUCGUGUGGUGAAUACAAUAUCGAAAUUGACGAAGACUUGCACGCUGCGACUCACCACCAACAACCUCUUUUUCAUGCUUUCUGACAAAGUGGCCAAUGGUGGCGUCAGUAUGUGGUGCGAGUUAUCUCAGGCGAACUUCUUUGAUGAGUUUCAACUGGAGGGAGUGUCGGCGGAGGCUAACGAGAUCUACCUGGAGCUCCAGCCCGAGUACAUGUCCAGGGCUCUGAAAACGGCCCAGAACGCCAAGUCCCUGAAGAUCAAGUUAACCAAGAAGCACUGUCCUUGCCUCACCGUGGCAGCUGAACUGCCCUCUGUGUCCAGCGUCAGUCGACUUGUCACGCACGACAUUCCCGUAGACGUCAUUCCCAGAAGGCUGUGGCAGGACUUCAAGGAGCCCAGCGUGCCUGACUUUGACGUUAGUAUAUACCUGCCACCUCUGAAGACAAUGAAGAAUGUGGUGGAUAGAAUGAAGAACCUUUCAAACCAACUGGUGGUGGAGGCAAAUCGAAAUGGUGAGAUGAAUCUGAAGAUUGAAACGGACCUGGUGUCUGUCUCCACGCACUUCAAAGAUCUUGGAAACCCUACCUGGAGCGAUGACGCUUCUCAGGGCCAAAGCCAAGGCAGGGCCCCAGAAGCCAUGGCCCACGCUCGCGUCGAUAUCAAGAAGCUUCAGCAGCUCCUCGCUGGGCAGCAGGUCAACCCCAGCAAGGCCAUGUGCAACAUUGUCAACAAGAGGAUGCUUCACUUCAUUCUGCUCCAUGAAGACGUAUCUCUGCAGUACUUCAUCCCCGCAAUGGCCUGAGAAGAGGAUUCUGGGAUACAAGACACCUGAGAAGCACUUAAACUCUGGCUCAGUGGGUAGGAAACCAUGAGAGAGCUACCAUCCCGCAGGUUUUCAUUUCAACCCUAAUUUGACACUCCUGAUUUUACUAAUUAGCAGCUCAAGGAGAUCUCUAGCUGUUGAGUGAGGUGUGCUUUGUUACAGUUGGAGUGAAAACCUGCAGGGUGGUAGAUCUCCAGGGACAGGGUUGGUUAUAACUGCUCUGGCUGAAGAACAGAUGACGCACUUGGUACCUGUGGCCAUACUGGCUGGACUUGCCUUUGUGUCUGCAUGGAACCAGCAGGCAGUGUAGAAAUGGCAUCCAUUAGAGUUUCUUAAAGGGAAUUCUUUUUUUUUUCUUUUUCUUGAACAACUUUGCCCUCCUAAUUUUGAAUGGAACACUAUGUUAUUGAGUGGAUGAUUUAAUGGUUGUUGUACUCUAAAGUACAUUUGGAUUGAAAUCUUGGAUCCUCAAUGUAGAGCAAGGUCAAUAAAUGUUGUUCUUCCCAGGUUGCUUAUCUAAGUUAAUACCUGUGGUGUGUGUGUGUGUGUCUCUCGGGCAGGCUGUCUUUACAGUAAUGGGUCCAUGUCGAAAAGCUUAAAGGUGUGUGUGUGUGCGCUGCUUUGUGUUUUCAUUUGAAAUAUGACUUCAUUGUAAGAUAUUUAUACUGUGUAAACAUGAAAUAAAUACAGAAUUUUCAUAUA